AUGGUUGAUUGAGAGUCCAAAAUGAUGCUGCCCAAAUGAUCCUAACCAUCAGAUCAGUCUGAUAUUGAGGUUGUUGUCUAUCCCAAAAAGUGCCACUUAAUUUGAAAGAUCCUGAUUCUGAUACAUGCAUCACAUGUGUAGGGUGCAUGGAUCACCACCAUUUUGAGACUGUUAGUGAACUACCACCAUUGGUGUCAUUUCAAAUUAGAUAUUUGCUCCUUUUACUUUCUAACCAGAACUUUUGACUGAUUGUGUGUGUGUAUAUGCAGGCUAGAGCAAGAAUAUCUUCUACGGUGAAAGCUAUAGUUGAAGAGAGAAGAUCAAAGGGAGAGAACUCUGCUGGUAAUAAGAAAAGUGAUUUCCUUGAAAUACUCCUAUCAGCAAAUAGCCUGUCUGAGGAUGAAAGGGUGAGCUUUGUACUGGAUUCUUUGUUGGGUGGGUGUGAGACCACCUCCCUCCUCAUGGCAUUGGCAGUUCUCUUCUUGGGUCAAUCACCAGCUGCUUUGCAACAACUGAGGUCAGAGCAUGAAAGUAUAAGAAAUGUGAAAGGAAAAGAAGAGUACUUGAACUGGGAUGACUACAAGAAAAUGGAGUUUACUCAACAUGUCAUUAAUGAAGCUCUCAGAUGUGGGAACAUGGUCAAGUUUGUGCACCGAAAGGCCCUCAAGGAUGUCAAUUGUAGCAAUGGUGGCACAAGUGACAGUUCUGUGGAAGAAUCAAUCAGUGCAGUGCUAGGAGCACUUGAGAAGCUGCCUCUAGAUGAGAGCCUAACUGCUUCAGGAAUGGAUUCUCUCUCUGGGUAUGACCCGAAGAUCGCCCCUUUGAAAGAUGGGGCCCAGUCGGUGCUGGUUUCGCAGUUCAUGAUGGAAUUGCAGGGGCUGAAGACGGUGGACGGAGAGGAUCCCCCAAGGAUUUUGCACUUCAAUCCGAGGUUGAAGGGCGACUGGAGUGGGAAGCCUGUGAUUGAGCAGAACACUUGUUAUAGGAUGCAGUGGGGCUCCGCUCUCCGGUGCGAGGGUUGGAAAUCCAAGGCUGAUGAAGAGACAGUUGAUGGACUACCAAAGUGUGAGAAGUGGAUCCGUGAUGAUGAUAAUCACUCAGAGGAAUCGAAAACAACGUGGUGGUUGAACCGACUAAUAGGCCGAACAAAGAAGGUCUCAAUUGAUUGGCCAUUCCCGUUUGUGGAGGAUAAGUUGUUUAUUCUCACCCUUAGUGCUGGGUUGGAAGGUUAUCAUGUCAAUGUUGAUGGGAGGCAUGUCACAUCGUUUCCUUAUCGCACUGGGUUUAUUCUCGAGGAUGCAACUGGGCUAUCACUGAAUGGCGACCUUGAUGUCCAGGCUAUAUUUGCUGCAUCUUUGCCCACUACACAUCCAAGUUUUGCCCCUCAAAAAAUUCUUGAAAUGUCAAGUAGAUGGAAGGCCCCACCCCUUCCAGAUGGCCCUGUGGAGCUCUUCAUUGGCAUCCUUUUAGCGGGCAACCAUUUUGCUGAGCGGAUGGCUGUAAGGAAGUCUUGGAUGCAGUCACAACAAAUCAUAUCUUCUAAUGUGGUGGCCCGAUUCUUUGUGGCACUGCAUGGAAGGAAGGAAGUGAAUGUGGAGCUAAAGAAAGAAGCAGAGUUCUUCGACGACAUUGUAAUAGUGCCUUUCAUGGAUGGCUAUGAUCUAGUUGUUUUGAAGACAGUUGCCAUCUGUGAGUAUGGGGUUCGUACAGUCUCUGCAAAUUAUAUCAUGAAAUGUGAUGAUGACACAUUUGUCAGAAUAGAUUCGGUGAUUAAGGAAGCCAAGAAAGUCCCCAGUGGUAGAAGCCUAUAUGUUGGAAACAUGAAUUACUACCACAAGCCCUUGCGUUAUGGUAAAUGGGCUGUGACAUAUGAAGAAUGGCCAGAAGAAGAUUAUCCACCGUAUGCCAAUGGCCCAGGCUACAUCGUAUCAUCAGACAUUGCACAAUUUGUUGUAACAGAGUUUGAGAAACACGCCUUGAGGCUCUUCAAGAUGGAAGAUGUGAACAUGGGCAUGUGGGUGGAGCAGUUCAACAGCACGACACCCAUCGAGUAUCUACACGACCUGAAUUUACUGAGGUUUGUACCUUCUGAGUUUGGAAUGGACCCGGAUCGGAUGACCGACGCUCUACCUCCUGGCAACCAACUUUUCAAGGACAAAAGUCUGGUCAGACGUGCGAUCGAGGAGGCUGGCAUUCCACAUACCUAUGUGUCCGGAAACUGUUAUGCUGGAUAUUUUGUCGGGGGCCUAGGUGAAAUUGCACAGGGUCUGAUCCCACCACGCAAACACGUUACACUGUUUGGAGAUGGCAAUGUCAAAGCGGUGUGGAAUGAUGAGAAGGACAUCGCAACAUACGUCGUAAAGGCGGCCCACGAUCCACGUACGCUAAACAAAGCGAUAUUCGUUAGGCCUCCUGCGAACGUAUUGUCGCAGAGGGAGGUGGUGCAGAUAUGGGAGAAACUGAUUGGCCAUGAAUUACACAAGGCAUGCAUUUCAGCCGAAGAUUGGUUAAAAACCAUGGAAGAAACUAUCAUUGUUGUUGCUAGGGAAGAUUUUGCAAAUCAAAUGGUGGAACUCAACAGCUCUGAUUCUGAAGCAACUAUAAGCAAUGUGCCCCGGCAUGAUAAAGAUAUUCUUGGAAAAAUUGCCCAAUCGUUGGAGCCUUUCCAUGUUUCCUCUCAUUUUGGGGCUCCAUCGACCAUGCUCGACCAAGAAAAUAAUGAACCAAAUAUAUUAACACCACAAAUUGUCAAAUGCCUAGUGAUUGCAGAGGAGGAAGAAGAAGUAACUCGGCCAAUUGAGCAGACAGAAACAACUUCCCCUAGUCAAGAAACAGCCGGUGAGAUUCCUAUGACAGACUCAAGUACUUUUACCAUAUCUAGAGUCAUCACUCCUUUAGAGCAACCAUCUUCUUCUAUUCCUGCAGAAACUAAGAUGGUACUAGCACUUCCUCUAACUACCAAGAUGAGCAUAACUGCCAUAAUGACAUGGUAUCGAAUCGAGGAGUCGUGCACCGCUUCUCUUGCAGAAAUAAAUGCCACUGCGCCUGCAUGUCCCAACUUCUCAGAAGCAGCUAACAUGUCAUUCGUUGUAGUCUCUUCUCCCCUUAUUCAAGUUAAGGCCUUGCUGAAGGAGAUCCUCUCCAAUGAUCUUGACUACUAUGGACAGUCAUCUCUUCUGUUCGACAUAGACUCUUUCAUCUGA